GUUUGUAGACAAGUCUGGUUUGAUUGUGGUGUUCUUUGGGAAAACCGAUGUGUUUUUCCCAUUAUAAACGUGACGACCGUGGUGAAUUUAUUUGUAGUUAUUAUAUUUGUAUAAAUACUUACCACCCACAUACCUUGUACUUGAGUCGAAACUAGAUAGGUGACUAUACCGGCAGAUUUGUCUGAUUUUCCCCAUUUUAUUUUUGUUCGCGAAGUUUAAGCCAUAAAGUGCGUAUUGAGUGUUUGUCAGUGUUAAAAAGACUUUUAAUCGGGUCGGGGCUGUCUUGUUGAUUUUUACGGGUAAACGAGACUAAACUUAAACCGUUGUAGGAUUUAAAUAUUGCAUUUAAUAAACUGAAAAAAAAAAUACGACCUUCAAUUUUUAUAGUUCCACGCGUAACUGAACUUGAAACUAAAUAUUGGUCUUCAAUUUAUAAAAUUUUAAUAUUCGAAAGUGACUUUAAACGUUAUUGUUUAUUUUUUUUGCAUCCUAUCCUCAAUGUUAUUCGUGUUGAUGAAGAAGUCAUUGAAAAUCUAACAAUUCUUAUCGAAAACAUAUUGAAAUAUUGACAACAAUUUUUUGUACGUAAGUUAGUUCUUAGCGUACAAAAUUAUUUGAGAAAUAAGUUGUGGUUUUUGGGAUCAAAUGUGAUAGAGUGUUGUAACAUAGAUUUAAUUUGUUUUUAAAAAGUUAUCUUAUGAAAUAAUAGAGGAAUAUUUACUUUGUGGAAAAAACUGGCAACAUUUAUUUUUUCGAUACAAGGAUAAUAUUUAAAUCUGGUUCUGCUGUACAUAUGGAUACACAAUUAUUUUCAAGCCUACGAUAUUAGUAAAUCAUGAUUCUCAGAACAGCGAUCCUAUUGUUAGCAAUCUUCCUCGAAUACGGAUCCAUUGCAAAGAAACUCAAAUCCAAUAAAGCAUUCAAUAAUACAGAUGUCGAAUUAGAUCACGAACUAGAAGUAAGACGAUGUCAGACAUCAUCAUCGACGCCGAAGGUGAUGACACCAACGCAUCAACCUAAGGCUGUAGAUAACUUUCAAACAUCUGAAGAUAUAUUAAUCCAGUGUAUGUUGCAGCAAAACCGUGAAAAAGGCAGUUCGGCGACAGGUGGCUGGUCCAAUUGGUCAGAUUGGUCAACUUGUUCAAGGACGUGCGAUGGAGGAGUGGCUCAGCAAAUCCGAAGAUGUAACAAUCGAAAUAGAUGCAAGGGUGAUACGAUCCGUUUUAGAAUAUGCAAUAUGCAACCAUGUCCCGAACAGCAGGACUUUAGAGCGCAUCAGUGCGCCGCUUACAAUGAUGUGCCCUACGAUGGAACAUUGUAUAUGUGGACAACGCACUACGAUUAUAUGGAUCCUUGUGCUUUAACAUGCAGGGGAAGACCCUCACAUCUUUCUCAUGACGUUUCACAACCAGAGGUUGAUGUUGGUGGCGUUAUCUUUGACCCAGAUGAGUCGGACCACUACGAUGAGCCAAGUGUGAUUGUCCAAUUGUCAAGCAGAGUACAAGAUGGAACUCGGUGUCGUGCCGGAAGUCUUGAUAUGUGCAUCCAGGGUAAAUGCCAGCGAAUUGGCUGUGACCUGAAGAUUGGUUCAACGAAAAAGAUCGACGGGUGUGGAGUAUGUGGGGGUGGUGGAAAAUCAUGUUCACAACCGCUCUAUCAUUGGGAGACGGCACCGAUGUCUUUAUGUUCAGUUACCUGCGGAGGGGGAUUCAAGAUGUCCCGGCCAACAUGCAGAAAUCGUGUAACCGAUGUCGAAGUCGAGGACUCCCUAUGCAGUGCAACUGAUCGACCUGAUCCAUCUAUGGUAACCUGCAACACUCAUGCCUGUCCUCCUAAGUGGAUAGCUGAAGAUAUAUGGGGACCAUGCAGUCGUCUAUGUGGACCUGGUUAUCGGGAAAGAAUUGUUGCCUGCGUAGAAGAAACAAAUGGUAUUAGAACAAGGGUCCCAGACAUCCUAUGCCGGUUACAAAAGCCCCCAACUCAAGAAUCUUGCAUGGUGCAGGAGUGCCCCAAGUCGAAGGAGGUCGAGGAAUGGUCUGGGGAACAAGAUGCAGAUGAAGUACGCAAAAAGAACGAAGACAAUAAAGAUGAAGCUGAUGAAGGAGAAGUCAUCCCAGUCAAGGCUAGGAAGGAAGUCGUUGAUGUAGAUGACUCUGAACAGGUACCAUACAACGAUCAACCAAUUUACGGCCACCAACAAUCGAAUCAAUUUCAUCUCGAAGAACUUCCCCCAAGGACACAGUAUUUGAUUGGAGGUGGGGGUAGUGAAAGGAGUGAGUCACAACAUCCCUUAUUGGAUCCAACAUUCAUCAAGGACAGAGAAUGGUCAGCAUGUAGCGUAACCUGCGGCGAAGGCAUUCGUCGUCGCCCCCACAAAUGCAAGAUUUUCCUCGAGUACAGCCGAAGUAUUGCCACUGUUAAUGACAGCCUAUGCGAAGGACCAAAACCACACGAUGAAGUGGAGAGAUGCGCCGAGGAGCCAUGCAUUCUACCCUCACACGGCUAUGACGAACAAUACCCCAGGGAAUCGAUAAAAGUUGGGGUAGCAGACCCAGGCAAAACAUAUGUUUGGCGUGAACAGGGCUACACUAGCUGUAGUGCCUCCUGCCUUGGUGGUGUCGAGGAGCUUAUCAUUAAUUGCGUCCGAGAAGAUAACGGACGGGUGGUGUCGCCGUUCCUAUGCUCACCCGAAAUAAAACCAGAAGCCCGGGUGCGAACAUGCAACGAUCGUCCCUGCCCACCGCGCUGGAACUACUCCGACUACACACCCUGCUCCAAGUCAUGUGGCAUCGGCAUCAAGACCCGAGAAGUCCAAUGCAUUCACGAAGUGACACGAGGUGGCGAGAACGCAAUGGUCGUGCCGAACAGUAUGUGUCCCCAGCCUCCGCCCGCAGACCGUCAGUAUUGCAAUGUUCUUGAUUGUCCUGUGCAAUGGGAGGUGGGUGAGUGGGCAAAGUGUUCACACACAUGCGGCUACGGCGUCAAGGAACGCAAGGUUGAGUGCAAGCAAAUAAUGGCGCAGGAACACAAAAUCGAGCGCCCUGAAACAAUGUGUCCGAGUGCCAAGCCGGCCGAUAAAAAGCCAUGUAACGUUAAGCCGUGUCCUCCCGAUGACCCAAAGCCCAACAUAUCUAUCUACAAUAGCACACACAUCCAGCACGAUCCGAAAAAGAGCAAAAUAACUUUGAAAGUGGGCGGUGCGGCGGUGGUAUUUUUUGGGAUACAAGUGAAAAUCAAGUGCCCCGUAAAGAGAUUCAAUCAAACAAAAAUACGCUGGACCAAAGACCACAAGCCAUUGACCAAUUCGAGGAAGUUUAAAGUCUCGAAGAAAGGAACCCUCCGGGUGUUAGACAUAACAUUCAGAGAUGCUGGAGUCUAUUCAUGUCAUGCGGGACUGAGCACUGCUGAGAUUAAUAUCGAUGUUAAAAUGAAGCCUGGAACCCAGUUGGAGGACUAUGAGAAACACAAAUCAGAUCGUCUAGUGCGGGAAAGAAGUGGUACCGAACCACUUACCUCUGCAGAUAAGGCAUCUGACGUGAGUUCACAAAAUAUGCAAAUAAAACUAAAAUUAGAAGCCAAUGGUAAAGAAAGAAGCCGUAACCAAAAAUCCGAUAGAGUACAUUAUACUGACAGUAGUAUAUUGGAAGAUGAGAACCGUCUUAUUCAACAGACACAGGAUGGUGUGCCACAAAUGGCAGCUAGCAGCUCUGGUAAUCGAGCGAUGACAUUUUUAUCAAUGCCUUAUUUUCAUGCUUUGUUAUACUAUCUGCAGUUUCUGUGGCCAUUUAACAAUUCAAAAAGAAAUCGUUUGUUGAUAGAAAAAGGUCUUAAAUUGAAACCAUUCCAAGAGAACAUACCAACUAAGCCAUCAGAGAGGAUUGCGAAAGAGUUGAUUUUCCGCAGGAAAACUGAUUUUGAUUAUGACAGCGAUAAUAACGACAGCAUCAAUCAUGGUUUUUACCUAAUUUUUUGGCAAAGGGAAUAUGAAAAGAAGCAACGAAGAAAUACCCACAAAAUCACGCUAAAGAGUUAUUGGUCAGAGUGCUUUGGAUAUGGUAGUUCAGGAACUGCAUUUAAGAAUCGCUUUGCAACUUGCUUAAAAAUCACACCUGACGUAAGAACAUUGCAUACAAUUUCGACAACAAUAAUGUCUGAAAUUGUUAAGAACGUUCAAUGUGAAGAUGACGGUUUAAAUAUUCCCGAUGCAUUUGAGACUUGUGGCAAUGAUGGAUUCCCCCAAUGUCAAGUUGCAGGUGAAUGGACAAUAUGUGAAAGGUUUAGAUGUUUCAGCAGACACACAGCUAUUCAGAAACAAGAAGUCAUUUGUAAGUUCAUCAACGAUACUCUAAGUGACAAAUGUAACAAAGAAGAUAAGACUACUGGUCAACGGGAAUGCUACAAAAAAGUAUACAAAGGGAUCUGGAGAGUAGAGCCGUGGUCAGAGUGUGAUUCAUUGUGUGUUCACCAAGUCCUCAAAUGUAAAAAAGUUCAGUGCGUUUGCUAUGGCACUCGGCAACUCUCAAGAAAUAUAAGCAAACAUCAAUCAAAUCCAGCGGAAGUGAAGUUGUGUAAACGAUCUCCAUGUUCUACAAAGGCGAACAAUCGUGGAAUCAUUACCUAAACUGUUAGUUUUUUGAACUGCAGAUUGACAAAAAUGAUGGAGAAUUCUCAAGCGAAUAAUGCAAGGAACUCUAUUGAUUCCAGUGGUAAGGAAUGUCGUCCUGAUGAUUAAGAGAAAUUAAAUCCUCAUCUCACAGUUUUAAGGCAGUGAAACUUCAAGUAGAUAAUUUAACUGGCUGUUAAAAUGUUUACCACAAGUUCACUUAGCCGACCAAUUGCACCAUUAAAUGAAAUGCUGUAUUUCUUAAAAACUGGUGUUAGGAAAGAACCAAAAAUGCUCAGGGCUUUCAUAGACUUCUAUAAAAACGAAUAAAUAAAAAUAAAUGAUGAUAUUAU